GUGAGCCACAUGCUCGUUUGCCCCCUGUGUUGUAAAAAGAAGUAUCUAAAUUCAACUGUAAUUAAUAUUGACGUAAUUUGAAAUACGUUCAUUCAUCGCGUUUUCUAUUCGCUAAAAUUUUUUUUUGUCUGAAUGUUACAUUCAUAAAAUGUGUAUUAUUUUAUUAAACGGCUUAAAAUACUGUAGUUGAUAAAAGACUGGCAACUUCCAAAGGCUGUGACCCCCGACCAGAUUUCAACCCACACUUUGACAAAAACUUCUAAUCUAUUGAAUCCGGUAGGCAAGCCACAGAAGUGCCUUCCUAGAUGUUGAUACAUACCUACCUGUUUAACUAAAGAGUAAGUCUGUUAUUAAAUUUAAUUCCAAAACAUAGUAACGUAAGUCAAACUAAAGUAAGAACUUAUAUAUUAAAUUGGCAAAAUGUUCUUGGCAGUAUUGAUGUCAAUUGCGCUGAGUUCUUCAUCGAUUGUAGUUGAUGCCAACACAGCUCCCAUACUGAAGAAGCUUCACAAAAAUAAAGACCUCCAGCUGAUACUGAUCGACAUACUCAAUGACUUGGUCAGGCGAGACGAUGUCCCGUGCAUCGCGGUGAUAUGCGAUGCGAUUUACUUGAACGUGUUCGACACUGUUUUCUUUAAAAGAAUGUUCGGUGUUCCUUUGGUAAUGAUCGUGGUAGAGGAAUUUGAGGACUUGUUGUCACCAAAUUUUGAUACUUUAGAGUCUUUGAGAGAAGCAAGAAAAGAAGGAUGCGAUCCCUACCUCAUUCUUCUAGCCAAUGGUCUGCAGACCUCGAGAUUGCUGAGAUUUGGGGACAGGUACAGGAUCUUGGACACGAGAGCGAAAUACAUAAUGCUGUAUGACUACCGUUUAUUCCAUAGCGACCUCCAUUACAUAUGGAAAAGGAUCGUGAACGUAAUCUUCCUGCGGUACCAUAACAAAAUUACUGGAAUACUAAAGAGCAAAGCUUGGUUCGACCUGUCGACUGUACCCUUUCCCAACCCCAUAAAGAAGGUGUUCGUCUCCCGGCGGGUAGACAUCUGGAGGAACGGGAGGUUUCAUUACAACAGAACAUUGUUCGCUGAUAAAACUAGUGAUCUUAAUGGGGAGGUCCUGGAUGUUGUUUAUUUAGAUCACGUGCCCUCUGUAGUGGUGACGAUGUCGAAUGAUUCUAAUAAGGUUGGAGGUGUCGAAAUUGAAAUUCUCAAUACACUAUCUGAAAAAAUGAAUUUCGUACCAAAACUGUACGAGCCAAUAAACGCUGACAUCUACAAAUGGGGCAGCAAGUUACCGAACGGCUCUUUCUCGGGGCUUUUGGGGGAAAUGGUGAACGGUAAUGCCGAUCUUGCACUGGGCAAUCUUCAAUACAACCCAUAUCAUUUGGAGUUAACAGACUUGAGCAUUCCUUAUACUUCGCAAUGCUGGACCUUCAUUACUCCGGAAGCAUUGACCGAUAAUUCCUGGAAGACCCUCAUACUGCCUUUCACUUUGUACAUGUGGAUAGCUGUAUUAUUAGUUUUGCUAAUAACUGGCAUGAUAUUCUAUGGUUUGGCGAGGUACUACAUAAAUCUUCAAGAAUUUAAGAAGCAGAAUAGGCUAGAAAACGAUAAGAAACAAGUGUAUGAUGAUACUGAUGCGAAACCUGUCGGGCUGUAUUUGUUUGGACAAAUCAUUAACAGUAUCCUGUAUACUUAUGGAAUGCUUCUUGUGGUGUCCUUACCCAAGCUACCUACUGGUUGGUCGAUUCGUUUACUCACAGGAUGGUAUUGGCUUUACUGCAUACUUCUCGUCGUCUCUUACCGUGCUAGCAUGACUGCGAUUUUAGCUAACCCAGCGCCAAGAGUCACAAUCGACACCCUGAAAGAGCUCAUUGACAGCAAGGUGACAUGUGGUGGAUGGGGAACAGAAACUAAGAAGUUCUUCGAACAAUCUUCUGAUGAAAUACAAAAAAUAGGACAGAGAUUCGAAGAGAUAAACGAUCCAUUUGAGGCAGCUAAUAAAGUUGCGAAAGGCAUUUACGCAUAUUAUGAUAAUGAAGAUUUCCUGAAAUAUAUAAGCGUUAAAAGGAAAAAUGUUAUGGUUAACGUAGAAAAAGAAUCUUUUAAUGUCACCAUGAACAUAACGGAAGUAGCACCCAGUAGUGAUUCAGAGAGAAAUUUACACAUAAUGUCCGAUUGUGUUGUGAACAUACCUAUUUCUAUAGGCUUUCAUAAGAAUUCCCCUUUGAAACCAUUGGCUGAUAAAUACUUGAGAAGAAUAGUCGAAGUAGGUUUGGUGGAGAAAUGGUUGAAUGAUGCCAUGUACACUAUAAAAUCUUUGGAACAAAACGAGAAUGAAAUUAAAGCUUUAAUGAAUUUGAAAAAAUUAUAUGGUGCCUUCAUUGCUUUAGCUAUUGGGUAUAUUUUGAGUUUUAUAUGCAUAAUUGGUGAACUAAUACACUGGCAUUGUAUCGUUAAAAGGGAUCCGAAUUAUGACAAGUAUGCUAUGGAUAUUUACUACAUGAAGAAAAAUAAAAAACAAUAAUAUAUGAAGAAC